UCUUCGUGCCCACAGAGCGGAAAGAGUUAAAAAAAAAAAAAAAAAAGAGGUCUGACGAGCGUGUCUGUACCGCAAUGGGAUUGGUCAGCAUGAAAGAGAAGCAAUGGAAAUUUCUUUCGUGAUACAAACCACUUUUAUUUAAAAUUUUGUGAUUAGCUCAUAUCAAAUUAAUUUUAAUGGUCCAUUUUAGAUCUUAUUUUAAUUUAUUUCGAAACAAGCUUUAAUUUAAAAAUUGCCUAUAAUUAUAAUGUAUAUUAGAAAAAAGUAACAUAAGAUUGUAUUGAUGGAGUAAGGUGACUCAACUUGGGCGAUCUACUAAGGUAGUGUUCCUUUCGAGAGGUAUUUGACACGUGAAGAAAACCGGAAAUUUCCACGUGACUAGCCCGUUGGCGAGGUGCGAACCCGCGACAACUAUUAAUUGUCAGCGGUUUUAACCACUCGAUUUAUCAUUCGUGUUGUUCUUACUGCUGGGUAGUAAGAGCAACAGAGAUUUAUGUGCUGACCGCUGAGAUUUUAAAACUUUCCAGUUUAAUGUAAUUAACUAUUUGAUAUUUGCGUUAUACAGUAUAUUGUAUGAUGAUCAGAGAAAUGCACGAGAGGUUGAAAUAUACAAAACAGUAUUGACGGACGUUGGAAUACAAAAAUAUUUAAACAAAAACAAAAUAGCGUAUAGAGAAUGUAGUAAAAUUAUAUUUUGCAAGUAAGAAUAUCUCUGAAAGUAUCUCUGACAAUUAAAGUUCUGGUUAGAUAUUAGAUAUUGUAGUCUUUGGAAAUUUUCGCUCAACCUUUCUUAGAACAGGUGACAGUUUUAGUUUUAUUGCACAAUUGUCUUAUUACACUGUUAUUUGGGAACACAAAGUUUACUGAGCUACACAAAAUGUGUUAACAAAUGUCCCCAUUGACUGGAGUGAUGGCUUGAUGAUAAUUUUAUAUACAUUAGAUAUCCACAAUAAAACCUCUAACGUUAACAAAUUAUUAGAAGUUUCGUUUAUUCAUUCUCUAAAAACCAAAUAUUUUAUAUAACCUUGAAUCGAAUCCGGACGGUCGAAAAACCCCAGGAAUUUUUCGGGAGUGGUCCAUCUGGAUAUUUCGAACCUGUCCCUCACCACCCAGUCUCCUCAUUGUGGGCAUUACCAAAUCCAUAAUGCGUUAAAAUAGGUCCUCUUAGUGCGUACAGAGCAGAGAGAAUAUAAUAAAUAAUAAUAAAUGUUAUAUGUAUAUAACAGAUAUUGCCAUUGGAGCACCAUACGAAUCAGAAAGAGGCGCUAUUUACAUAUAUCACGGUUCUCUCCAUGGAAUUAAAUCUCAAUAUGUUCAGAGAAUUUUUGCUGCCGAAAUCGACGAAUCUUUGACGGGUUUUGGUAUAUCUAUAUCGAGACCGGUUGACGUAGAUGCAAAUAAUUAUUCUGAUAUUCUCGUUGGAUCUUUUUUAUCAGACAACGCAAUACUCUUGAGGUCUCGCCCCAUUGUGCGGGUAUUUCAUAAUAUCACAUUUCAGCCUCACCAAAUAAAUCCGAAGAAGUCAUCUUGCAAUUUUACUACAGGACAUUGUUUUAAAACUAUUUAUUGUUUCGGAUACGAGGGAAUUUACGUACCCUUGAAACUCGAUUUUGUUGUGGAAUUGCGUUCGUUUCGUCGAAGAAACUUUCUCCAACCUCGAGACUAUUUCACAGAUCAUCGGAAUAAACAAACUUCAUUCAUACGCCAGGAAAUUAUAAUGAAAAAAGGGAUAACCGACUGUAUUAGUUAUGACACUCAUGUUCGAGGAGAUUCCGACGAUCAAGUGAAUCCAAUACAAAUAAAUUCGAUUUUAUUCUUAAAACAUAAUAUUUCCGAAGAAGUAUCGUUUUGUAAAGAUUGUCCCGUUUUAGAUCCUACGUUUCCAAAUUUUACAGUUGGCGUGAUAAGUUUUCGUACUGGUUGUGCUCAGAGUGACAAAUGUUCAUCUGAUCUGAAACUAAACGCCAACAUAUCUGGUCUGAGCAAUGGAGAAUUAAUACUCGGUAAAGACAAGGAAAUUAGCAUCGUGGCUGAAAUAAGACGUUCGGGAGAUCCAGCUUUCAAGACCGAGAUGAUAAUUUAUAUAGAGGAAAAUCUUGAUUUAAUCAAAGGAAAAUAUUGUAGACAAUCUCGUGAUAUUUCUAAAGGAUUAAGAUUAAUCUGUCUGAUUGGCAAUCCUUUCGAUAGAACCUUGAUAAAGCAGGAAAUUAAAUUAGAUUCGUCUAAAAUAUCAUCUAACCAAGAACACAUAUCCAUUCUUAUGGACUUGACGACGUUGAGCGAAGAAAUUAAUCCAGUUGACAAUUUUGUUAAUAUCACAAUACCUAUAAAAUUAUCUGCAGAUAUCGGAAUAACGGGGCGCGCGGAACGAGAGUUGAUUCUAUUGAAAAAAGGUGAACCCAGCAAUGAACUUUAUGAAUUCGUCCAUAUUUAUAAUGUUAUGAAAUAUUUAUAUAGUCCCAUUUCUCUUGUGAACGUAGUUUUCUCAAUUCCAACGAGUUUGAUCGAUACGAAUACGAAAUUCGUUAAACUAGAAAGUGUUAAAAUUCUUAAUCCAGAUCAUUCCAAUUCGGUUUCUGGAAUCUGCAAUUUCAAGAAUACAGAAAAUGAUCACAUGAAGUAUGAUGAAGAUCUUAACAUUACAAUUAGAUCAAAGAGAAGCAUCAAUAAUAUUGUGAUGUCGGUCGAUGUAGACAAGAAUUUGAAAAUUAAUUGUGAAACAUCCAAAUGCCAAGAAGUUGUGUGUUCUGUUGGUCCAUUUGACGAAAAACGGAAAAGUUCGACUUUUUACAUAAAAGGAUACAUAAAUGUUAAAGUUCUUAAAUCUGCUUCUAAAGAAUGGGAUAACCUGACUUUUACUUCAGAAGGAAGAGUGUCAAUCAUUGAUAAAAGAAGGAAUAUUCAACCUAUAAAUCAUAAACCAGAUAAAAGCAAAGUGAUAACUUAUAUUGUGAGUUCUAUCACUUUGAAACGUGGCAAGAUCGCAAAAUGGAUUCUUCCAGUCAGCAUAGCUUCUGGAAUUGUUUUAAUCACCAUUAUCCUUGUAGUUCUGCUAAAGUUGGGGUUCUUCAGAAGAAAGAAAAGAGAAGAUGUUCAAAUGUUAAAAGCAAACUUAUUAAUGGAGAAAUCGCCAAUCAAUGAAGAAAUUCCCGAUGGCAAAUAAUUAGAUUAAUAUUGGUUAAACAUUAUUACUAUGCUCAAAUUUUCGGAUAUAAAUUCUUACACCACUGUGAAGAAAUUUGAAAUUUUCUGUCUGAAUGUCUAUUCAAAUCUUAUUUUCGUGUUAAGAAUUUAAAUAAAUUCGUCUUUCGAUAUUUAAAUAGAUAUUUUAUUUUUCGGUAUUAUAUAGAUUGUUUUUAAUCUAUGUAAUGUUCCCAUCAAAGGUCGAGGCGGUUAAGACGUCAGGGAAUCGAAUCCGCAAUGUCUGGCCACGUUUCUUAUCACCCGGCCACCCUUAUUGUGUGCCUCGCUGAACCCACCAAGGGUAUGAUUUAAAAGACCCACUUAAAUAAAAGAAUUCAAGUUGUUUGCACCUAUUUUCAGAACCAAACUAGUUGGAAAUUAUGUCGACUUCAUACUUUACGAGUGCUGCCAUCUGUUUAUGUAUAUCUCAAUCACUUAUUUUUCAUUUUAGUAUGUUGGAGGAUCGACCCUUUCAGGUAAUCAUGGCAAGCGAAUCGGAGAUCUGCGUUAAUGAUUUCGAGAAAAAGAUGGAAUCGCUUCGGCAAUUAGUCACAUGUUCCAUUUGCCUGGAUUGUUUCCGUCAUCCUAUUAUGCUGCCAUGCCAGCAUACUUUC